AUGGCUGGCCAGAAAGAGGCAAGGCUAUUCCGUCGGAGGUCUCCUCAAACUGGCCACUCGAAUGGAACACAAAAUUGUUCUGUAAACACCUCCUCCCUUACUUUCGUCAUGCCUGGCAACCCCGAUUUCCCUUCCGACCACAUAGAUUUCCAAACUCACGACGAUGACCUAACUCAAGAGGAGAAACUGGCGAAAACCCUGACGUUCAUCGGCGCAUCGGCCGUCAGUCUUCUGUGCUAUGAGAGCGAAGACGACGUCGCAAGCGUCUUGCGCAACGAUGACCGGUUCAGGUUAGUUAGGGCACAAGACAUUGUGUCUGGCAUUUGGCCAGUGGUCAACGUUGCAGCUACAAUGCAGCCAGGUGGAGAAAACCGUGCCGUCGCGUUACUCGCCUGGUCAAACCGCCUUCAGACGCUUUUCUUGGGCUUCCGAGGAACGCAGAGCAUGGCUGAUGUUCUCUCCAACCUUAAUGUCCUCCAGGCGGCAACGCCGAACUUGGGUUCGCGCUUUCAUGCUGGGUUUCUUGCACGGGCUUCUCAAUACACCUCGCUGAUCGAGCAGCUUGUUAAGGAGUACAGGCUAGUCGUCUGUGGUCACAGCUUGGGGGGUGCCAUGGCCACCAUCGCGACAUACACUGUCUUGGCCAAUGAUGGCAACUUCCGGUCAAUAGGAAACGUAUGGAAUGCGAAUGAGCAAAGGAGGUUGUCUGCCGUGACAUUCGGCUCUCCGUCGGCCAUGGUUGUCGAGGACUCCGGAACAACCGCAGCGCUGCGAAAAGAAUGGGCUCUCCACUUCCACCACGUCAUCAAUCCCGAUGAUUAUGUCCCUUUCGCGUUGAACCACUCCUCCCAGUUGGCCAAGGCAUUCUUGCCUUCCGCGGUUGGGAUCGUUCUGGGCGUAUUCCCACAAUUGGAACCAUUCAAGAAGCCUUUGACCCUUUUGCUGGAGUAUUGGCAAAAGAACAGGGCGCAGUUUGCCCACUUUGGUUGUAUUUACCUGCUGGAGAAUAACAAUCCUGGCAUCAACUGUCGCCAAAUCACCAUGGAGAGGCACAUCCCCAGCACGCCUGAGCUUUCCAACGUCGGUCGUUUCCAUUUGAUGGAGCAUUAUGACGACUGCGUUCGCAGAACUCUACGCCAAAGACAUCGAUUCCAUGAGAUUGACCCGAAGACAUCAAUAAGUGUCGACCAAUUCCGCUGGCGCUGCCUCCCUCUGCCUGAUGCAGUUCAUGAAUGUAAUGGGGCGAUCCAUGACAAUAAAGUCAUCAUCUCCAUUACAGUGAAAUCGCGCCUUGUCCAAUUCUUCCUGAAAAGGGUCACAUUUAAGGCGAAAGGAAGUGAGGUUCAAGUGAGCAAUAUUCACUUUGCUCUCAAGCCCGAUAACCAUGAUCAGAUCAUUGUAAAGCUCCAAUAUGAUAUCGAUCCCAAUGAGGAGCCUGCGGUGGCACUUGCGCUGGUGUAUUCAAUACAACGGGAAUUACGCAUCCACGAUGUGUUUGGCGGAUCCACUAUGCUGUCAGUUAGUGAGAUCAGAAGCACUUCGUUGCGAUACGCGAGCUUGCCGACAACCUUCGAAUCUCUUCGUCUAGCCAUGAUCAUCGCCUUUGCUGAUCAGAUAGCAAAAGUCCAAACGCUCAAGCUCAACGAUACGGAGAGUGAUGAGGCGAAUCGUGAGAACGCAGGCAUCCUCACCGAGAGAGCAGCAUCGAUAGCCAAUCUGGUGGAUAGUACAGUGUCGGCUGCCGUUCCCCAUCUUGUUGUUAGCCAGCUUCAACACGCACUAGGGCUCCUGAAGGAGCUAUGGCCCAAAUAUAGCUGGCAUGAAGAAAAGACCUCCCCUUUAAAAACUAGAGAUAUGACCGUAUCUGGGGAAGAGGCAGUCCCGGGGUCCUAUCCUGUCGAGCAUCUUAAAGACCGCAUCCCCCCGGAUUGCCCAGAAGAGCUGAGGAGCUUGCUAUCGGAGAUGAUGGAGACGCUCCAGAAAAAUGGGCUGCGUGCAUCUUGCCUGUCUAUACGAAACUGGGAGAGACAGGGGCAGUUAAAGUUGGCGAAUGUCAUUCCCGACCUCACUUCGUUCGCCGAGGCCCUGAGGAAAUUCAGUCGAAACUUGUACGACCGCCCGGUCGAUCCCAAAGAACGAAUUGAGCAUGCCAUCAAACAGGCAAGCGAAGUUUUGACUGCCAUCCGCUUUUGCCACCUCGUCAUUCUCACACAACUCGAUGCUCCCCACGACUGGUACUACGAGGCAAAGGAAGACCCCGUCCGCUUCGGAGUGCUCGCAGCGGGUGGCGGCCCGUUAUUAGCAGCGGGGUCUGCCUCUCGGUACUUGGCGGCUGCUGUUCCGGCCAUGGAGGGCGCGGCCGGACUCGGAUUGGUUGCCCUUACUUCCGUUCUCGGCUUCGCAGCUUCAGCUGUAGCCUUCUUUUUGGGCGCUGGCGUAUACUACAACUUGCUGCCUCGGAAACAACUUCUCCACCUCAACUUCGAGAGCAAGCUACAAAUGAGCCUCGAAGUGCUCGGUAUUCAGUGUUCGCCUCUGAAUAGCAUCGGGGAGGCGCCGCUUGCCGACCAUCUCAAAGAUGAUAUGCAGAAUGCAGAGAGCCCGCAGACACUGAAGGAUUGGCGACAAAAACUUAGAAAAGGGAUCAAGAAGCAUCCAGCGGUGAAAUCCAACUGGCUCGUCGAACCUACCGUCUACUGGUCGAAGUGGCUCUUCGAUGUGGCGAGGGUUGGACAGUUGCGAGAUCUCAUGGCCAGUCAAAUCCGCGUCGGCGUCGAGGGGCCUACCGAAGCUGGCAAGAGUCAACUCCUCACAACUCUUACCGGCGCUCCCGAGGAGGUCUUUCGGCCUGGUUCUGGGGCUAACUGCCGUACGAUGGAGAUUCAACUAUACAACCCGCUCGAGCUCAGUGCUGUUUUCAUGGACUGCCCAGGUGCCGAUGAUAAAGAUGAGCGGAUCCGAGAAAUGGCUUCCCUGUUCCGUGAGAUGUUUGGCAUCAUUAUUUUCGUUGUUCCAUCCGAUAUUAAAUCCCGCUCAAAAGCGACAGACGAAGCCCUUCAGGAGAUUGCGAAUCUUCUCCGUGAUCACAAAGAUCUCCGCCCGGUUCGAAUCCUGCUUAGCAAAGCCGAUCAACUCAGUUUCAACCGCAAGAAGGACGAAGUCUUCCCCAACGCUCUUUUGCAAAGCAAGAAAACCGUCAUUGAGGAACUCAAACGCCUCGGCGAAUUGGGCGACGACUUCGUCAUUCAUUCCAGGAGGGCGUGCGGUGAUACUUUCCUUUUGGCUACCGAGACUUUGGAAGAUAUUGUGCAGCCGUAUUCGACAUAUGCUCAGAUGAGCUUGGACGGAAGAGCAGCCUUGUCGGACUGUCCGGCUGGCGAAGAGCGUAUGAUCGAGGGGCUGUGCCAGUUUCAGAGCCUCUAUCGGAUGGCCGAAGAGGGCAAGAUGUGGGAUGUUGAAUCUCUACGACAGUGGCUUCGUACGCUCUCGCCGAACAGCGUACCGAAUUCCAGGGGGCGGGUGUAUCACACGAAGUAA